CUUUGGAGCAAUGUAAAUUAAUUAUCAUUCUUUGGAGCGACAGAGACAUCCUACUACUUCUAUCAAACAUUUAAUCGGAUAAUUUUGCUGUAAUGAUUGUAGUAUCUUGUAGACAUAGGCGCAUACCCUUAUUUUCUGUUGCAUUUCGUUGAUUUGAUUCUAGUAUGACUAUUCGGUAACUUUGCAACCUAAUAUAGCCGUAUAAUAUUGUUAUUUCGUAUUGUGUAGUGUUCUGUGAAUCGUUAUAUCAAUAAAUUGUAUGUGUUACGAAGUGUUUUAUAAAAAAAAAUGUGAAUAAGAAUAUAUAUUUGGUAAAAUCUUGUGAUAAAAUUUGUCAAAAUGUAUUUGUGUGCGUGUAGAUAAUUAUUCAGAAAACCGGUUUUAAUACAUGUUUUCUGUGAGAUAAGUCUUAUAGACUGGGUAAUUGUUUACAAUGGCGUUUUCUUUGAAUAAACUUAAAAAUAUUUUAAAUGGCAAUAAAGACAAUCAAUUAGCUGGAAGUGGAAGUUUGGAACCAGAAAUAGGUUUUAAAUUAGCUUUGCACCCAGUUAGCAAAAAUUUGUAUGUGACUGUUAUCGGUGCCCGGCAUUUGCCGUCAUUGUUUGGACUCAGUCGCGCCUAUGGAUAUCUUGUAAAGAUUAAAAUAUUCCCCGGCGAAAGUAAGUAUGAAACAACAUUACAGGAGAGCUCUUGGCCGAUAUGGAAUGAGGAUUUUAAAUUUCAAUUGAAACAAAAGGAUGCUAAGAAAUCUGACAAAAUUGAUCUACAGAAUUUAGUUGCUGGACAUUUUCUUUCAUUGACAAUUUAUGCCAUAUUGGACUCUCCGAAACCGGAGGCAGACAGACGAAAGAGUGCCAAAUUGACCGAUACUAAAAACUCUAAAUUAAUGAAUGAGGACGAUUCUAAAGCGAAGGGCCUAUUUGAGAAAACAUUCAGCAGUUUUAAGACGACUAAGUCGGAGGUGAUCACUCAAAAAUCCAUUCUAGAGAAGAGGAGGACACUAGGAGCCGCGACAUGGAAUUUCGAUUCCAAGUUAUUCCAGAAUGAUCUCAAGAACGGCUUAAUCGGAACUCCAGAUAUUUGGAGACCCAUAAAUGCCAUUGCUAGCGGACUAGCUCCUUCCGACAGUCGGAGGGAGAAUAAGAAAGGUCAAUUAGAAGUGACAUUGCUGUAUACUUCAAGCGAGGAUGGUUUGAACGACGUUUUGCAACUCACUGUUAACAGAUUGCGAUGUUCCGUACAAACGAUGCAAGAACAAGAACAAUACAAAGCGCCUCUAUACUUGAAAGCUACGAUAUUAGAAGCAAACAAGGCUGAAUGUUAUUGGAAGAGUGAUAGAUUUAUCCCAACCAUCUCAGCGAGAUGGGAUCCGAAAUCUUCUACGGUGAAGCUAACAGUGUACAGGGCUAACUUGAAUAAAGUUAGCAUAUAUAUUAGUUUCGGAUGCAAAACUAAAAUGGCGAAGAAGGAGAUAUUAGGGAAGGUUCACAUAGAUGAGAAGUCGCCGUACGCUGACAGCUGGAACGAAUGUCUGAGGCAACCGGGCAUACCUAAGACGUUCUGGGUCAAUUUUGAAUAAUACCAUCCAUAUAUUAUAUAACAAAUAACAUAUUAUAAUAUUUAUAUAAAGCACGAAUAAUUGUUAUAAUCACAAGUAAUAUGAAAUGUCCAGAAUAAUAUAAACAAAGGACGGUUUUUAUACUAACUUCAUAACUAUAUUGAAUUUGAAUCUGUCAUAGGAUAUUGAUGCUUAUAGACAUAUUAUAAGAUACAAUUUAACAAAUUUUCGUAUGAAUAUUAUUAAAACGUUAAUAUCUCAUACAACAUUAGACUGUGAAUAAUUUGAUGAAAUGUAUUACGCAAAUAAAGAGAGGUUAUUGUUAAGAGAAGUAUUAUUAAGUGAAUUGUAAUAAUUUGGCCAGUAUUAAGAUUUAAAAGCGCGCACACAGAUUAUAAUUAUAGCACAUGACAAAUAUGUUAUAAGGUUGUAUGUUUUUUUCACUAAAACAUUAAUUUUUUUUAUGUAAAUAUAUUUGUUUGAUAUAUAAAAUAUUUCUAAAUUUCAUAUAAGUUUCAAAAUUUCUCGUGCGAACUCAAUGGAAGAAUGGUUGAAAAAAAAAUCAUAUUCACUGAACCGAAAUUGAUUUGCAUGUUCCAAAUAAUGACUUUUUCCUUAUAAUUUUAGACAUCUCGACCUAUAAACAAAUAACAAUUAUGAUACAUAAAAUAUUUUUAAACAAAAUACAAUUAUUAUAUACUAAA